CGCGAAUAUCACGUUCAUUGUUUUUAUUUUUUUUCAUUUCAUAUACCCGGUGACGAGGAAAAAGGAACAUCAAGGUCUUUAUCGCUGUCCAACGAAAACCAAUAGGUUUCUGAAAAACAUUAGAGCGCCCAUGAGAGUUCAUAUUUCUGUCGGAUGAACCAGUGCGAACAUUACUUUACCGAUUGUUACAACCGCCCCCCUGCCGUUCGGUUCGGCGAGGCAAAAAAUAAAUAAAUAAGUAAACGAAUGAAAAAUAAGCUUUGGAAAAUAAAAAGUGUAACGUCGAUCGAUGUCCGUCGUCGGUACGGUACCUACCUCACUCGCGGCAUGGGUCGACGGAAACGGGAGGAUAGCAAGGUGAAAUUUUCGCAAUCGAUUUUAGCGGCGUAUUUUCGUCGCGUAAUAAAUAAAUUUGCAGCGUAACCCGCGGUAAACCGAAUUGAUUAAUUUCGGCGUAUUAAUUUCAUCCUGCACAGUAGGAAAAUCGAGCGGUUCGUCAAAAGCAUUUAUAACCCCUCCGGUAGAAAAUUCUAGAUUCUUACGGUACGACGUUCACGGCUGUUUGAAACAACUCGCGUGUUUCGCAGUAGUAAUAGCCCGCUGUGAUCAGACGCAUUUAGCUGCACACGGUACUCCUAAUACGUUAGAGUCCCGCGAUGGAUUCUCAUCCCGUUCAUCCGUCUUCUCACGCUUAUUCGAGUUUAUCGAGGUGGAUCGAAUGAAAAGCGAUGUAGGAAGUACUUUUCCUGCAAUUACGCACACGCGAUCAUAAGAUUCUCGGGUAUUUUUUCCGCCGUGCAACGAUUAAAUGCGAAAUCUUCUCGACGAAUUUGACGUUAGAAUUUUUUCAUCCCGGUAGAAAUGAACCGAAAUGCGACGCGAAUGCACGAAGACUGCUUGCUUCCGAGUGUCUUUAUGUUGAAGAAAAAUAUACGCAAAAGAAUCCGAUAAAAAUUGAUUGGCAAUCCCUUCGGUGUAAACUUGAGCGGUGUCGAUGAUACACGCGAUCAUAUCGGUGUUUGUAAACUGGUAUGGUGGGGUUUACCGCAGCGCGAAUAAGCGAAGGGUGUGUGGGUCUGAGUAAUAUAGAAAUCAGUGAUGCGGGGUAGGGGGAUGAAGCAGUUUCUAAAAAUAAACUCUUCCAAUAUAUCGACGCGUCGUAUUAUGUGUAAACCCGUAUCACGCUUGUUUUCACGUCAUGACCUCAAUAACAAAUUAUUACGGAGAACGAUUCCAAUAAAAUACACGCAGAACGUUGCAGCGAGGUGAGAGACGCGCCGACGAUCAAUCUGAAGAAAAUAUAACGAUUGACCGUCGCAAACCCGGACGCGUUUGAAUGCGAUAUUCGAUGACGAAGGAUUAAAUCUCGACUCUUAUUUUAUUUCUUCGACACUGUAUGUAUAGGUAUCGUACAAAUGGUACGGGCAAAUCUCCGAAGAAAGAGCGGAACGGAGUCCUCGAUAUCGAAUCUCUCGAAUCCUGAAAAUCCUUCUGGAAAUCUAGGGUCUGGUGAAAACCAUAAGAGAAAAUAAACUCGCACGUUCCCGCGACAUUUACGAUCCGCCAACCCUCGCGAGUAUAGCGUACAAGGGUCCGUAUAUCUCCCUCAGGUUUCUUCCUUAUUCCGCAGUUCACGAGGCGAAGAUUUCGCUAAACACGGUUUAAAAUAAAGUACAUACAUCCCCGUAUAUGGUAUGUGAAAACGCGCGCGUGCUGGAUAUUAUCCUCGUUCGGCCAAAUGAUCGUGGAACGGGGGAGUAUGCAAUGCUCAGAGAGAGAAUGUUUCGGCUAAUUGAACAGUCGGUAUAAUGGAAACAAAGAAGAUGAGAACAUGAAAUGAGAAAAAAAAAAAACAUCUCCCGAAGAAUCCGGGGGCUCUUACAUUCGGAGUUGACGAAAGCGAAGAUUUUCAUAGCCGCUACCGCGACAGACGACCUUAUCGGUCGCGGCGUGGGCGCAUCGGCCCCUUUCCUCCUUUCAACCCCCUUUGCCAUGGCUCCAGACAGACGCACGUUGUGUCCGUCGGGCUGUGCAGCCCCUCGUCCUUUGCCGCCCUAUCGCCAUAGCAACCCCUGGAGUCGAGGCUCCCUAUCCACCGGAAUCCCAUUCCAUGAGAGGCAACGCAACCCCUGCCGGCGCGGCGGUAUAUCUGAAAAGGGAGAGCAGCGAGGAGAGUCCACUGCAACGAUAUGCAUUUUACGACCGUGUCAUCCGUGCAAGAGAAUCAAGUCGCCCCGUCCAAGGAUCUUAAGAAAAUCGACGGCGGAUGGUCCUGGAGUCAACCGGAAGCUGCGCCAUCGGUUUUCUCGGAGACGCAACAUCCGCUUCAACCUGUUAAUUUUGCAUCCAGUUAUUAUCCUCAACCGCCAGGACAGAAUUUCAACCAUAACGAAGGUACGUCACAGCGAAUGGAAUAUUUUCCCUAUCCGUACGAAGUCGGAUCUGCGGGUGGAGAUAUUCACCACGUUUCGGCAGCCCACAACACGGAAAACGCUCUGGGAUCGAUUACGAAACACUUUGCUACGGUCAGCUUCAUCGGACUCCUUCUGCUUUUCGCAAUUGUUCAAAAUUCGAUAUCCGCAUCGACCAGAAAAGACGCUCUGGUGGACGUCAGAAAGAAGAGAGACGUCAUCGGGCUAAAUGAACUCAAUCCUAUGGUCUUAAAAAAACAAAAUAUAACUAUACAGAUUGUUCAUUAUCAAAAAAUCAUCCACGCAUUUUAUUGCACAGUUUUUCGUUAUUCCAUCUUUCAGACUCCGGAGCAGAAGGACGUGUUGAGCGAAGACGCGAAAAUUCGUUGCAUGCAGAGACUGCUCUGUCUUGAGAAUCAGAAGCUUCGCAAACAUUUGGGAGUGACUGGAAAAAAAUUAGCAAAAUAUUUAACUCGAACGGUGAAAAAUUCGGUGAAAAAAUCGUUUGGCUGGGGUCGUCUUUUGGAAGAUGCGGGUCAAGCAGGUCUUCGGGGCGAAGAUUGCCGUAUUCUUUACAGAGAUUGCACCGCUUGAUUCGCAGUACCCCGCAGCGCCAAAACUCCAACAAUGAGUAGACCUUGGCAAAGUAUUAAAAAGAAGUCGAUCUCUAUAACGAUAUUAAAACGUCUAUCGUGUAUACGAUCUUGAUAAAAUGGCUUCUGUUUAGACCAAAUUAGGCCAGAGGCUGAUUCUAUAAGACGCGGCCACGACUUAACUCACUGUAUAAAGGAGAUGACCCUUGACCCUUUUUCCUCUACUUUUUCCAGCCUUUGAGUAAUGAGAGUUUUCCUGUUGGUUAUCAACUGUAUUUCAGUGAUAAUAUACUCCGAGUAA